UUAGGUGAUGAGUGAAAAACAUUCUAUAAACAACAUUCUCAUAUCGUAAUCAGUUCUUGAAGAAUAAAAAUUCUGACAAAAAAAUCAAUAAACAAAAUGGAUAUAAAAAUUCCAUCCGAUAAUGAUUUCGAUCAGAAAACAGCACGUUAUCUACUGGAAAAAUGUGCCACAUUAAUUGUGGAAAAUUUUCCCGAAGGAUCCGAAUUCGGUAUCGAUCUAUCGAUUAAUUAUACUGGAAAAAAUUUUAUCGGAUUAAAAAUGAUACCACCAGGAUUGCAUUUCAUACAUUUCAGUUUGGUCAGCCAUAAAACUCAAUCGGUUGCACCGAGAAUCGGAUUUUUUCAUUGUUUUAAAUCCGGAGAAUUCUAUUGUACACGAUGGAACACGAAAGAAGAAGAUAUCGAUUUCAAUGUUCAUUCAAGUGUACAAAUCGAACGAUUUCGUGAAAAUUUCCUACGCGGUUAUCUUGAUAAUCAACUUGGACCAUAUCAAUUUGAUUCAUAUCAAACAUGGGUUACGCUGACCGAUUAUAUUACAGAGACUUUAUUUCAAAAAAUGAAUCCUGAAUGUGGAAAAAUUUAUUCUGCUUCCAAUUUAGUAUAUAAAACCAACGAUAAUCCUGAAUCGAAUGAUUCUUCUAAUGUUAAUAAAAAACAUUGUCAUCGUGUCGAUGAUCAAGGUCUGCCGGAUAUGAUUAUUGCGCCAGAAAAUGCCAUUAAAUUUCCAUCCACACCAAUUCCCAAACAUUUCCUUUAUCCGCAAGGAUCCAAACCGGAUGAAAUUACACAACAUUCAAUAGAUUCGUCAUAUACAUUAGAAUAUUUGAUUCAUGAGAAACAUCAAGACUGUCAAUUUGAGUUAUUGGGUGAAUUGCAAUUUGCAUUCAUUAUUUUUCUUCUUGGUCACCAAUUUGAAUCAUUUGAACAUUGGGAACAUAUGAUACGUGUGAUAUGUUCAUGUCGACGAACAUUAUUGGAAAGGCCAGAAUUUUUUCUCGCCUUUAUACGAGUAUUUCAUUUUCAAUUAAAACAAACUGAUCAGGCAAUAUUUGCCGAUAUCGUUGAUAAUGAAAAUCGUGUUUAUCAUUGGAUUCGAACAUUUUUUUUGAAUAUUCGAUCCACAACGACACGAUCAGAUCUAAUGAAUAGAGCAGAUAAAUUUCGUUAUUUUCUAUCAAAAACAUUCGGAUGGAAUUUUGGUAAUCUAGAUCAACAACGACAACAACAACAACAAGAUGAUGAUGAUGAUGAAAAUGUUCCUGAAGAUGAAAAACCUGUAAUUGUAAUGAUGUAAAAUAAUUCUAAUGUAUUCUAUGGGAAAAAAAGAAUUAAAAUAUUCAAAUAUCGUCCCCAUUUGAGAAAAAUCCAACCCCAAUCAUAUUAUUACAUGACACAAUAUCAUUUUGUAAAAACAUUCUCCUUUUUUUCCAACAAAAUCUUGCUAUCACUACAUUUGCAUAACAUGUAAUUUUUUCUUUCUACAUCAUUAUCAUCACCAAUCUCUAGCGAAAAAAAAAUUCAGCUCGACUUUCUUACAAGAGAAAAAAAACAUCACCAUUAAAAAUGUACAAUGAUGAUGAUGAUGAUGAUAAAUGGAUGUGCAUCAUGAUCAAGAGCUACAUAGAAUUUAUUUUUUUUUUGCUAUUGUUUUUUGCUUCCAAAUCCUGUAUUCUGUAUAUGAAUCAUAAACACAGAAUAUGAUGAAUGCCUUUGACUGCUGUACUGUACUUCCUUUUGAACUAUUAUUCUUCCGUAUAAAUUUUAUCUUCAUUGAGAAAAAGAA